CAUUAACAGAUAACAUUUAUGCUGGUACAAAGUGUCACAAACCAAACCUGUUUUGGAGGAAACCUUUUAAUACUCUACAGUUUCUAGAUAUCUGUAUACAGUCAAUUUAGCAGAGAACUCACAAGGAAAGCUCAACUAGUCGGUUAAGAGGAAGGGGCACCGGGUGGGCUUCUCCCAGAUUGAUAUGGGACUAGACCAGUCCUCUUCAGGAUGCUGAGACCUCCUCUCUGAGUGUUAUAAUGAGUUAUCAUCAGGGGGCUGAGGGUGGUGCCAUCCCUAAAGAAAGACAGAAGAGCAGUGUCCAUCCAGAGAGAGCCGAGUCUGUUUCCUCUGGUUGUUUAUCAAGGAAGAGUGGUGAAUCAAUGGAUCCCCCUCUUCAUUUCAAAGAGGAGGCCCCUUCACAAAGAAAAGGCCCAGGAGAGGUACCCUGUGAUAUCUGCUCUGAGGUCCAAGCUGUGAAGUUCUGUCAGACCUGCACUCAGUCCUACUGUGAGACCCACGUUAGGAAGCACUACACACUAUCUAAACUACAGAGACACACCCUGGUGGAGGUGACUGGAGACCUGGAGGAAAGACUCUGUCAGGAACACCACAGAGCUCUGGAGGUGUUCUGCAGGACAGACCAGAAGCUGAUCUGCUUGGAGUGUUCAGUGACAAAUCACAAAGGUCAUGACACGAUCAUUGAAGAGAUAAAACAAGCUGGAAAACAGACUUUUGAUGGAGAGCAACGCCUAAGGCCAGAGUCAGUCGACGUGCUGCCCCCUCCUGGGAAGAUCCAGGUCCUGUCAGUGACAUCAGACUCCGUGUCUCUGAGCUGGGGUUCUCCUGAGGGGCUGAAGGGGCCACACCAGUUCAGAGUGACCUGGGGGUGUGACCUGGGGGAAACGGACUCAUCAAAAGUGAAAGGCGGGUAUCAUCUUAAAAUAAGCAGUCUCCAACCUGGUGAAAAGUACCAGUUUAGUGUGGCUACAGAGGGAGAAGAUGGAAGACAAAGCAGAUGGGUCUCAGCAUCGUUAUCCACAGUGGUCCCACCCAGAGAUUUAAAGAUAGACCAUUUGAAAGAUACCUCCUUCACUCUCCACUGGUCCAAGGCUGAAGGAAUGGAGAAAGUCCCACAGCGCUUCCUCAUAUCCUACUGCAGCCCAGGAACAGACCUCCAUGCAGAGAAUACUAAAGACUGCCACAACACAUUCUCAAACCUGCAACCUGGUACUGAGUACACUGUCAGCAUCUCAACUGUGCUGAAGAAUGGGGAACAGAGUGAAUCUGUCUCUACAACCAUCUGCACCCUACUUCCUGCUCCAGACCAGCUGACUGUUGACUCAGUGGACACCACAUCAGCUGCUGUUAGCUGGAGCCAGCCACCAGGAUUGGACCAAACCCAACAUCAUUACCAGAUCUCCUACCGCUGUCCAGGGACAGAACGACACAUCACUACCACAUCUUCACACAGCAUCACUCUCUCUGACCUGAAACCUGCUACUCAGUACUCUGUCUCUGUCUGCACUGUGCUGGAAAAUGGAAAGAAAAGUAAACUGGUGUCAACAACCCUCACCACAGUACUUCCUGCUCCAGACCAGCUGACUGUUGACUCAGUGGACACCACAUCAGCUGCUUUUAGCUGGAGCCAGCCACCAGGAUUGGAUCAAACCCAACAUCAUUACCAGAUCUCCUACCGCUGUCCAGGGACAGAACCACACAUCACUACCACGUCUUCACCCAGCAUCACUCUCUCUGACCUGAAACCGUCUACUGAAUACUCAGUCACUGUCUGCACUGUGCUGGAAAAUGGGGAGCAAAGUCAACUUGUGUUAACAACCCUCACCACAACAAUAAUCCCUGCUCCUGACCAGCUGACUGUUGACUCAGUAGACAACACAUCAGCUGCUAUUAGCUGGAGCCAGCCACCAGGAUUCGACCAAACCCAACAUCAUUACCAGAUCUCCUACCACUGUCCAGGGACAGAACCACACAUCACUACCACAUCUUCACACAGCAUCACUCUCUCUGACCUGCAAGGUGGUACUCAGUACUCUGUCACUGUCUGCACUGUGCUGGAAAAUAGAAAGCAAAGUCAACUGGUGUCAACAACCCUCACCACAGUACUUCCUGCUCCAGACCAGCUGACUGUUGACUCAGUGGACACCACAUCAGCUGCUUUUAGCUGGAGCCAGCCACCAGGAUUGGAUCAAACCCAACAUCAUUACCAGAUCUCCUACCGCUGUCCAGGGACAGAACCACACAUCACUACCACGUCUUCACCCAGCAUCACUCUCUCUGACCUGAAACCGUCUACUGAAUACUCAGUCACUGUCUGCACUGUGCUGGAAAAUGGGGAGCAAAGUCAACUUGUGUUAACAACCCUCACCACAACAAUAAUCCCUGCUCCUGACCAGCUGACUGUUGACUCAGUAGACACCACAUCAGCUGCUGUUAGCUGGAACCAGCCACCAGGAUUCGACCAAACCCAACAUCAUUACCAGAUCUCCUACCACUGUCCAGGGACAGAACCACACAUCACUACCACAUCUUCACACAGCAUCACUCUCUCUGACCUGCAAGGUGGUACUCAGUACUCUGUCUCUGUCUGCACUGUGCUGGAAAAUAGAAAGCAAAGUCAACUGGUGUCAACAACCCUCACCACAGUACUGCCUGCUCCGGAUCAGCUGACUGUUGACUCAGUAGACACCACAUCAGCUGCUGUUAGCUGGAACCAGCCACCAGGAUUGGACCAAUCCCAACACCAUUACCAGAUCUCCUAUCGCUGUCCAAGGACAGAACCACACAUCACUACCACAUCUUCACACAGCAUCACUCUAUCUGACCUGCAAUGUGGCACUCAGUACUCUGUCACUGUCUGCACUGUGCUGGAAAAUGAAACGCAAAGUCAACUGGUGUCAACAACCCUCACCACAAUUAUCCCUGCUCCAGACCAGCUUACUGUUGACUCAGUGGGCACCACAUCAGCUGCUGUCAGCUGGAGCCAACCACCAGGAUCGGACCAAACCCAACAUCAUUACCAGAUCUCCUACCACUGUCCAGGGACAGAACCACACAUCACUACCACAUCUUCACCCAGCAUCACUCUCUCUGACCUGCAAUGUGGUACUCAGUACUCUGUCACUGUCUGCACUGUGCUGGAAAAUGGAAAGCAAAGUCAACUGGUGUCAACAACCCUCACCACAAAACCCUGUCUCAUGGAGCUGUUGUCAAAGACUGGACUAGAAGUUCAUUAUGAAAACAAGCUGACGUUAAGUACUGUCCUUGAGAUAAAUGCUAAUACUACAUCAGAUGAACCUCUUACCACUAUGCAGUCACUUCCAGGGGCCUUCCUUAAGAAAUUAAUGAUGGCAAAUGUGAAUGCUAGGAGUGUGACACUAAAAAGUGACACUGAUGAGAGUGACUCUGAUAACAGUUAUGCGAUUAAUCCAUUGGACCUGAGUACUGCCCUGUUUCUGUGUUCAGAUGGGUUCCUCCAGCAGGAGAUGACCCUUAAAAUGUCCAUGUGCCAGUUUGCUGUUCCUCUUCUGCUGCCCAACUGUGACACAGAACACAGCACUUUGAUGCUGUGGGCCUUGAGGGACAUAGUGAAGAAGUUUAGACUCUCUUCACAAGUAGACACAAAGUCCUUCAAAGAGGAGAGAAUUAUACUUUCAGACAUUCCUAUGGUGUCUUUUGUUAGGCUGGGAGAGAGCAACUUGUCCAAGUCUAAUAUGUUGAACAAACUGCUAAGUAAUCCUGACACAUUUGUCCAUCAUGAUAUGGACUGUGGUGAUGUACCUCGGAAGAUUUCAAAUGGCCUAGUUGAAAUCAGCUGGUACCUGCCAUGUGGGAAAAGAAACAUAGACAGGUUCACUAAGCCUGUGGCUUUUGCCAAUCUCAGAGGAGACAUCAGGUCCUUUAAGACACAGUUUUCCUUUCUGUGUCAAACAUCAACAGCAAUUUACAUGUUUAGUGAUGAAUUAGAGACAGAUUCUGAGGUUUUGAAAGACAUAAACACAGAGUUAUUUCUGGUUGUUAACUCUCAGAGAGAAACAUUCACAGGAGACAAAGUAACACAUGUAAUAGAAAAGAAGGGGCGGAAUGAAGCAGCAUUUGUAAAAACCCUGCAGUCAUCUGUGGGUGAUGUAAUUGAAAAAUGCCAAAACAAAUUGACAAUUGAAAAAAUGUCUGGUAUUGCUCGUCAGAUGGGGAUUCUGGUUGAUGAAGACCGUAAUGAGUGUCAGAGUGCCAGGAAGAUGGCAGACAAAAUCACCAGCAGCAUCACAGACACAGUGAAAUUCAAAGACAAGCAGCUACCCUUACAAGGGAAAAUCUGGAAAGAGCUUUCCCAGUUGGAGAAAGAGAGAUGUAGACUGAGAAAAGCAGGAGGUCAAGAAAUUGAACACUACAAGAGUUCUCUGAGGAUAAAGGAGAAAGAGCUGAGAGAGAAGCAACAAAGAUUUGAUAUGACAGAAGCAAUGACAGAUUUCAUAAUCUGCAUGUCAAGUUCAGAAGUGGAGCGGACCUAUUUCCUCAAAUGGAUGCGGAUAUAUUUGGACAAUCUGUCACGGCAGAAUCUGUCUGGUUUGCAAGAAAAGUAUAAAAUGCAUCAGGAAAAAGAAUCUGCAGAUAAAAAACACAUUGCAGAUGUGGAUAGGCAAAUAUCUGACUGUUCCCUUGGACUUGAACACUUCCUGCGUGAGUUAGGCCAGUUAUAUGAAGCUACCUGCUCCCUCCCCGAAGACAGCCCUCAAAGGAAACAGAUGGAGCAUCUCCCUGGAUUGUGUGCUCAGAUGCUGUUGGAUGGUUUCCCCAUUGAGCUUGUGGAUGGAGAUGCAUCAAAUAUCCCUCUGAAAUGGAUAUCAGCUGUACUGACUCAGCUUCAUACUCUUGUCCAAUCCAACAGCAAGAUCCGGGUGGUCACAGUUUUAGGGGUCCAAAGCACUGGGAAGUCCACUCUCCUCAACACCAUGUUUGGGGUCCAGUUUGCUGUCAGCAGUGGAAGAUGCACCAGAGGGGCCUUCAUGCUACUGAUAAAAGUCAACAAAGACCUCAAGGAGGAGCUGAAAUGUGACUUCAUCAUGGUGAUUGACACAGAGGGGUUGAAAUCACCUGAUUUGUCUCAACUAGAUGAUAGCCAUGAACAUGACAAUGAACUGGCAACACUGGUGAUUGGACUCAGUGAUGUCACGAUUGUCAACAUCGCCAUGGAGAACUCCACAGAGAUGAAAGACAUUCUACAGAUUGUUGUUCAUGCUUUUAUCAGGAUGAAGGAAGUGGGGAAGAAGCCAGUAUGUCAUUUUGUGCACCAGAAUGUGCCUGACAUGUCUGCUCAUGACAACAACAUGAGGGAGAGGAAGAAGUUGUUGGAACAGUUGAAUGAAAUGACCCACGCAGCAGCCAAAAUGGAGAAUAAAGAGGAAAACACAAAGUUCACUGACAUGAUGGAGUAUGAUCCAGACACAAGCAGCUGGUACAUCCCAGGGCUCUGGAAUGGGACUCCCCCUAUGGUUCCAGUCAAUGCUGGCUACAGUGAGGCUGUGUAUGACUUCAAAAAGAGCUUGAUGCAAGAUUUAAAAAAAUGCCAAAAAAAUGAUGAUUUGACACUUUUCAUGAAGUGGACACAAAACUUGUGGGAGUCUGUUAAAUUUGAGAACUUCAUCUUCAGUUUCAGAAACAGCUUGGUUGCAGAUGCAUACUCCAGAUUAUGCUCUGAGUACAAUGGUUGGGAAUGGAUAUUCCAGAAGGAGAUGUACAACUGGAUGAUUGCUGCUGAAACCAAAAUUUCAAAUUUUGGCAUGACAGUUCUUAAUCCCCAGAUCACCAUAAGUUAUAUGCUUAAUAACCUGAUGGGAGAAGCAUCGGAGAAGCUGUCAGUGGGGAAAAAGGAAAUCCAAAACAAUCUAAUUACAUACUUUAAAAAGCAAGAUGGCCAUGUCAAUCUGGUGGAAAAAUACAGGGAAGAAUUUGUGGCCAGUGCCAAAACACUGAAACGAGAGACAGAAAACACAGUGAGUAACACUCUACAUGGAGCUGUUGAAAUCAAAGAGGGAAUGGCCAAACUAGAUGACAUCAAGCGUUCACAAGCAAAAACACUAGAAAAAAAAGUGCUGGCUUUGCUGAAAACUUGUAGACAGAACAAAUCUGUCCUAUCUGAUGAGGCACUCAGAGAAGAGUUUGAAAGUAUGUGGAAGGAAACUCUGUCUGAGAUCAAAUUCAGAGGACUCACAAGAGGAGAUGUUGCUCAGGAUGCCUUCAGCAUUUUACGUGACCAUUUAUCUACGAGGUCGGGUUAUGUCAAUAAUAUGUUGGUUGAAAACAGCUUGGUUAAUUAUGGGAAGAUACCAUUUAUUGUAGAGUCAGUGGAUUGGUGGCAGAAGACUAAAGGCUUUGUGAUGCACUUGAAUAGAGCCCAUAGCAGGAUGAAACUGCAAGAGUUGUGUGAUUACAUCAUAACGCAGUGUCAGGACUUUAUAACCCAGAAGGUGGAAAGCAAAACAGAUUACCAUGCCACUUACAUCAAAGAGCUGCUUGAAAUAAUUGAUGAAACAUCGCAACAAAACAUCAAACGUAAAGUUAGUGAGGAAUGUGAGGUUAAGCUGAAGUUGCACAUCUGUGGCAGAGCAGCAAGAACAUUUCAAAAGAAACAUGAUGAUUUCAUUUCAGUCAACGACCCCCGAAAAUGUCUGGAACAGUCUAAGAACAAGUACCUUACUGACUUCAUAGACUUGUUUCAUAACCGAGAUCAGUGCGAAAAGAAAGCUGAGGAGUUCACAAAGCUCUUACAGCCAGCUGUACAGGAAUAUGUGUCCAAAAUGAUUGGUCCUGAUGUGGUUGAUGAAGUGAAGACCGGUAAAGGGUCACAGGAUUACAGCACACGGACGUUCUUCCAGUUCUCCAUUUUGAAACAACUCCUGACUGAUGGAGAAUAUGAGAAAUAUGAAGGGUACAUGAACCAUUAUGAAAAGUUUGUGAAGGACUGGCUGUUAGACCGAAUUGCCCAACAACUCUCAAAGGACAGCUGUCUGGAGAAAUUGGAGAAGAAACAUCUUUCAGAGAUAGUCAAGAUAAUCACUGCAGCAAUUUCAAACAUCAGAAAUACAACAAGCACUGUAAAAGACAUCAAUACAUUUAUUCAGAACAUGUGUUGUGCCCUUGGAGAGAAGCUUGUCUUCCCCAAGGAUGGUCUGGAUUCAAUCAUGACUCUGAACUACUCUGAAAAGACGGAAGAGUUUGCUGACUACCUAACAGAUUGUGUGAGAGAAAUGGAUCUGUCACUGGCAGCUGAGUACGAUAAGGGAGGAGACAUUGAAAAGAGACUCAGAUCUCUGCCAUUCAAGCCUCAGGACAAGAUGUUCACCAGUCUGUUUGGCUGUGGGGAGGUAUGUCCCUUCUGCAAAGCACCAUGUGAAGCAGGAGGUAAGGAGCAUACCAAACACUUCACCUCCAUUCACCGUUCAAAAGGCCUUAGCGCUUGGAGGUACAAAAAUACAAAGGUGCUAGUUAUUAACAUGUGUUCAUCUCUUGUGAUAAGUGGCCUUUCAUUUUACAUAUCCUCAACAGCAAAAGAACCUUAUCCCUACAAGGACUACCAGAAAUAUUACCCUGACUGGAACAUAGAUGGAGAUUCCAGUAUGGAGGCUACAGACUACUGGAAGUAUGUGAUGGCUACAUUCAAUGAGAGAAUUGCUAAAGACACAGAUGCACUCCCUGCAGACAUCCCAGAGGACUGGACGGCAUUAACACCUGAGGAUGCAUUGAAGAGCUUGAAAAAGUCAUUCAACAUUGAAGAUUAGUAUAAAACUAGCAAUAACAACUCUAGUUGUCCACAUCCAACCGUUCAAGGAUGUCAGACAUGACAACCAGAAAUAACUCUCAUGACAUGGCUAUAUCACAGAAAUCAAUAUAUGUGAAAUAAUGUACAGAUCUGGCAAUACCCAAUUCAAUUUGAAAAGGAGAAACUAUGGCACGACAAGUUAUUUCAGAUACUUUGAUAAAUUAUAUGAACUUGGCAAUUUACAGAUCUGAUGUUCCAUAAUGAAAUGGCUAACACUGAGUUUUAUGGUAAAGGAAUACAAUAUAAUCAAGUAAUACAAAAAUAUAUAUAAUGUCCAUGUAAGUAAAGCAUUUUAAGUUAAUUCAGAAAUCAUAGAAAAGUCAACGUGAACACCAACAGGUUAACCAACAGAUGGAGUGUUUUACUGAUAAUGUCCAUAAAUAAACACAAUACACAGGUAACUAAGGAUCUAGUCUAGAUAAACACAAUACACAGGUAACUAAGGAGCUAGUCUAGAUAAACACAAUACACAGGUAACUAAGGAUCUAGUCAAGAUAAACACAAUACACAGGUAACUAAGGAUCUAGUCUAGAUAAACACAAUACACAGGUAACUAAGGAGCUAGUGUAACCGAUGUGAAACGCUAUUAGCGCGCACCACGCUAACUAGCUAGCCAUUUCACAUCGGUUACUCUAGUCUAGAUAAACACAAUACACAGGUAAAUAAGGAGCUAGUCUGGCAUUGAUUAUUUAUUUUCAAUUAUAAUAAUUAUUUUCUCAUUUACUUUGCCAUCUAACCUAUAUGGCUUGAUCACAGAUGAAUGAUUAGAAGGGCUGCAUGGUUCAGUGGUAAACAGUUGAUCACAGAUUAAUGAUUAGAAGGGCUGCAUGGUUCAGUGGUAAACAGUUGAUCACAGAUUAAUGAUUAGAAGGGCUGUAUGGUUCAGUGGUAAACAGUUGAUCACAGAUUAAUGAUUAGAAGGGCUGUAUGGUUCAGUGGUAAACAGUUGAUCACAGAUUAAUGAUUAGAAGGGCUGUAUGGUUCAGUGGUAAACAGUUGAUCACAGAUUAAUGAUUAGAAGGGCUGUAUGGUUCAGUGGUAAACAGUUGGCUUUUGUUUCAGUUAUUUUACGUUUUAAAUGUUCAUCUUAUUGUAAUUUUUUUGGUUGAGAAUAUGCACGUGUUGUUUCAUAUACAGGUAUUACACAUGUAUUGGUCUUUUAAAUAAUUUACUUCAAGAAUGAUUACUAAGUAGACUUAAAAUAAAAUUGUUUUUAGUUGAUUGCUCCUUCUAAUAGUGAUUUGUUCAAUGACUUCAUUGCUUUGAACACAUUAGUUUGUAUAAAGUAUACUUCAUAAUCAGUUACCAUCAGUAUGUAACUUCAUUAAUACUCUUCAGGUAUGCUUGAUGUAUACAGUAUGUUCUGAAGUACUGCUUAGUGACCAUCAGUAAUGUAACUUCAUUAAUACUCUUCAGGUAUGCUUGAGUGUAUACAGUAUGUUCUGCAGUACUGCUUAGUGACCAUCAGUAAUGUAACUUCAUUAAUACUCUUCAGGUAUGCUUGAUGUAUACAGUAUGUUCUGAAGUACUGCUUAGUGACCAUCAGUAAUGUAACUUCAUUAAUAUUCUUCAGGUAUACUUGAUGUAUACAGUAUGUUCUGAAGUAAUGCUUAGUGACCAUCAGUAAUGUAACUUCAUUAAUACUCUUCAGGUAUGCUUGAUGUAUACAGUAUGUUCUGAAGUACUGCACUCUGUUGUUUUGGAUGCUAAUGAUUAUGAUGGUAUUGAUGAUGGUGAUGAGUGUUUUUGUUGAUAAUGGUGAUUAUAAAUGUAGCUGUUGAUGAAGGUUA